AUGGAUAAUAAAAUAGGUAAAAAUGAAGUAGGCGAAAAAUCAUAUAUAUUCACUACUAAUGAUAUACCAUAUAGAAAUGAUAAUAUGAAUUUUAUUAUAAAACCGCAAUUGCAAGAAUUCUAUCAACAGCAAUAUAUGGCAGCACAACAAAAUUCACCACCACCCCAUCCUUAUGACCCACUCCCCACACAAAACCUCCCAAACAAUAGUGGUUUUAAACAACCCCUACAACAAAAUAAUACCUUUCAAACAACCCAACAACAACCACAUCAUUUAAUAAAUAUCUUGGACCCAUUCAUAAAGGAUAAAAUUACUUUAAAAAAAAGAAAAGAUGGUUUAUUUGCAAGUGAUACAGCUUUAGAGUCCGUUAUUCCUCCAAGCAUUAUUCCAGCUUCAAGGUUAUAUUGUAUUUUAGGUGAAAUUAACCAUUUUUACGAAAGAGAAUUUUUCAUUUAUGACAGAUUAAUUAUUUUCACUUCAGUAUUAAUGGUGUUUUCAUUAUUUAUAGCCGCUUUAUUUAUUAAUUCUGGUGAUGAUGGAUUAUCCCCACAAUUUUUGGUUCCAAUAAGUAUGACAAUGGUAUUCUUUAUAUUCUAUUGUGUUUCUGCAUUUUGUAGAUAUUAUUCAUGCCCUAAACAUAUGAACGAAUUUUGCAGUUCUUUAAGCAAUAGAUAUGGAAACCUUACAUUCAAAUAUUUUAAAGGUGAUUGGAAUCGUCAAGAAAAGAUUAAGAUUGAGUACCCAAGAAUUCAUAUCAAUCCAAUUGUUUAUGUAUAUGUUAAUGAAAAUAAUAAUUAA